UAUAAAUGGCUACUAAAUCAAGAAAAAUUAAAAAGUGUUAGAGAGUUUAAAAAUUUUGUGGCGAAUCUUACUUGCUCCUGUGGAUAUUCAGAAACGACAGUAUCGAUGCCAUAGUAAACAUUUUCUUAUCCGGGCAACAUAUUAACCAUUUCCUUAUUAACUAUCGUACAGUGUUUAUUUUUUGGACACGAAAUUGCUCAAUCCUUCAAGUGGUUUUGAUUAAACUUGCAUCUCGCAAAAUAUACUCUUACUGUCGUCCCUAAAUUGGCGCGCCAAGCGUUGGGUUUUCUAGCGCCAACGAGUGUCAGCGCGCGCUAUACCCAAAUAAGCGCGUCAAACAUUUUACGUUUUCUUUUUAUCUCGAAGUUCGUUGCUUGGCGUUUCAAUUUAUUCGGUUCUGUGCACAGAAAAGGUGAAGCUGUGAAAUUGAUCAAUAGAUCCUGUAAAUUCCACCGCAGGAGCAGCACAUCAAAGUUCAAGCAUUGCUGGACCAGAAAACCUAACCUAAAAAAUGGACUCCAUCGACGUACUGGAGGAUUUGCUAUUUUUGGAAAUGAUUUCACAGAAUACCAGGCAAGGGAACCGAGAAAUCUUUAAAACGCGAAAAACAUCUGGGUUUUACACAUCAGGUGUGAAAAUUUUAAUAGACAAAAACCCAGACCUUUUCUUCAAGACAACGCGUAUGACUUGUGCACAGUUUGAUGCUCUUUUAAAUUUGAUUGAACCAUGGCUUCGCAAAUAUUCGAAAAGGCAACCCAUUGAGCCUGAACAUAGGCUGUUUAUUACUUUGGAGUACUUAGCACACGGAUGCUCGCUGCAUAUUAUUUCGAUGAAGUUUAGGAUUGGACUGGAGACAGCAAGGCGUAUAAUUUUGGAAACCUGUGACGUAGUAUGGGACGUUUUAUCGAGCCUUUAUGUUACUCCUCCUACGGAAUCUCAAUGGAAGGACAUAGCAAAAGAAUUUUGGGAGAAAUGUAAGUUGCCAAACUGUGUAGGUGCGGUGGACGGCAAACACAUACAUAUAAACUGUCCACCAAACUCCGGAUCACAGUACUUCAGUUAUAAAAAAUUUAACAGCAUUGUUUUGAUGGCUGCAUGCGAUACCAACUAUGCAUUUACUUUGGUUGACGUAGGUGCUUAUGGAAGCCAAAGUGAUGGUGGAGUUUUUAGAAACUCCAAAUUUGGUAAAAUGUUAGCAACGAAUUCAAUCAAACUUCCAGCCGCUACUUGCCUACCUGGGUCAACACAAAUUUUUCCGCAUUAUUUUGUUGGCGACGCAGCCUUUCCUUUGCGCAACUACUUUAUUAAGCCAUAUUCACAAGUACCUGAUUCCUCCCGAGAAAAUUUUAACAAACGUGUUUCUAGUGCCAGAAUUAGAAUUGAAAUAGCUUUUGGUAUCCUUUCAUCACGUUGGCGAAUUUUAAGGAUAUGCAUAGGACUUUCCCCGGCAAAUGCAAAGAAGGUUGUAUUGGCUACUAUAGUCCUGCAUAACUACCUGCGCCUUUUGUUAUCCACUGAAUCUUCUGUUUCAUCGGACGAAAGUGAAGACAUCUUUAGCCUCCAUAGCGUCAGCCGCAAUGAUUUAAAUACGGCCAAUGCAUCACCACAAGAGGCGUUGCAAAACAGAAACAUAUUGCAUUGAAUAUGGGGCUUUUCUUUUGUUUUUGGAAAUCCAUAAGCGGCCAUUAACCGUUAUUAUUCUUUUGGAAACACUUAAGAUGUGAAGUGCAAUGAAGAAUUUAGAUAUGAAGACCACUACUAUUUUAUUUUCAUUUUGUAAAUUUUCUCGUUGAAUGCAGCGAAGCUGAAGUUAUAUGCAUUUGCUUGAUUUCUGUCAUACGAAUUUAAAUUUCCACUAAUCGUUACCCCAAGUACUUUACUGGCUCGGUGGCAGUCAAUACAUAGCAAAGGAAUCGCGAAGGCGUUGCAGUAGAUUCGCCGAGGGUCAUGGGACAAUAUUUUUUAUUUUUAGAUGUCAGCUUUUUAGCUGUCAAUAGCAUAUAAUACUACUUUUCGUGAGCUUAAAGGGAAUCUUUUUUCAAAAUCAAAUCUUUUUUUGUAUUUAUAUUUUUUUUUGUUUUCAUUUGGCUUAUAUUUCGACAUAAAUCAGAAAUAAACUUUGGAAGCUAAUAGAAGUCGAAUUAUCUACCAAAUGAAAACAAAUACAAAAACUAAAACUUUGUUCGCUUUAAAUUCUAAUCAAAAGCUCACCAAAACCAACUCAAAAGUUCAUCUUUGAAAUGAAUUGGGGUGUUCACAGUUCGUUCCAAAUGGUGUCUCAAAAUGUAGACGUGAACACCCCAAAUAUUGUUAAGAUAAUAAAUGUACGGACUGAAAAAGUCACAAAGUGUUGCCAUGACUUAAAAAUGCAGCAAGAUCUCAUUCAAAUGUAUACAUACUGCUAGUUCUGUACUUGUUUACUGGAAAUCAAAAGCGAGUGUAUGGUGUUUUUUGUUUAACAUUUGCAAUGUUUUUCAAGU